AUGUCUUACCUACGCUACCUCGAUACCCUCGCGGCACUCCAGCAGCAAAGCGAGUUCCAGGCGGACGUCAUGCGCAGGCUUUGCGACCAGGGAGAUUCGAAAAUGGAGCAAACGAUCGAGAUGACGGUCCAAGCCACGCUCCGUGCACAGGAGCGUGCUCUGGAGGGCAGCCUUCAACAGCGGCUGGGCGAGAGCAUGGGUGAGCUGGUGGAACGAGCAAGGGCUCGAAUGGAGCAGGUGGCAGAUCGAGUGAGUGAUGGCCUGCAGGCUCAAGCGAGGGAGUUCCAGGCCAACGCGGAGCGAGUCAUGAGCAGCAUGGAGCAGACGAUCGAACGAAAGCUGGCCGGGGCAGUGGAGGAUAUCUCCCGUGCCAAUGAAGCAGCGAAGCAGCUCAGUGGCGAGGCUCAGAAUGCGAUGAAGGGCGAAAGGAUGGAGGAACUGAGCAGGUCCAUCGGGCGAAAGCUCGAGGACCAUGCCACCAAGAUCAUGGACAAGCAGGAGAGACUGCAAGAAGCAUUGCGAACUUCUCAGCAGCACGACAUGACCACCGUGAUCAGCCGAACUGAUAUGGUCGGAGAUGUGGUGAAAGAGAGCAGCUUGGUGGUGAAGGAAAUACUCGGAGACCUUCGCCGUCUUUGCAUUUCGACGCUGGAUACCGGCAAUGCGGGACAGGACCUCUCGCAGCAAGCUUUGCAGCGCAUUCUGGAGCUUCGAAACGCUGUGGAGGCAUUGUCGGCACAGCUGGCAGAACGGGAUCGAACGUUCGACAUCGAGCCUCAGAGAAGCAGUGAUCCGCCGAGUCGCCCCAUGUCAGCCACGCAGCGGGACCGCGAGGGCCAACUAGGCUCACGCAGCCAACGGUCGGACCGCUAUGGCCGUGGUUCCCUGGGCGUUUGA